AAGAACCCUUCUUUCUCAUCUCUCUCAAGUUCUCAAAACCCAUCAAAAACCCUCAAUUGCUCUCUCUCUCUCUCUCUCUCUCUCUUAAUCAAUCCCAAAAAUCAUGAGUUCAUUCAACAGCACCCCCAACUUUGACAACCUUCUCUUCCAAACCCUAAUGGGCAGACUCCAAAUCCGGCCCCCUAAUCUCCACUCAUCAUCACCAUUCCUCAACCAAACCCUAGAAGACCUUCUCUUCGACACCUCCAAUCUCUCCGACACCGACGAUGACAACGACAACAACAAAACCCAACUCGCCAAAGAAGAAUCCAAGCUCGAAAAGGAGCUAAUCCGAACCAUCCUCAGCGGCAAAAUCGAAUCCCUGAAACCCAAUUCAGGCCAAGCCGUUACAAUCAACGAACACCAUAUAUGUGUUGGGUUUCACCAAGACACUGGAUCGGAUUACAGGGUUUGGGAGUGGCAUGGUCAUAUAAUGUUGUUUGAUGAUGAAAAUGGGUAUACUCCUGAGUAUAUAUAUGGGAAUUAUUUUGAGAGAAUUCAGGCUAAGUCUGUUGAUGUUGUUGUUGCCAAUGAGGAUGAUGAAAAAGUUGAUGAGAAGGAGGAGAAAAUGGGUAAUUUGGGAUUGAGGGAAUUGAUUGGAUCGGAUGAUUCGGGCGGUAGCCGGAUACUUCAUCGCAAUAUGAACGCUGGGUCUCCCAGGUAUUAGUUGGUGUUGAGUGAGAGAGUGAGCAAAGAAGGCCUGGAUAUCGAAGAGGAAGGUUGCACACAGAUUUUGCUUUGGUUCAUUACUUCAAGAUCAAAUAAAGUGCUUGACCUUUUUUGUUGAUAAUCUUUGAGCACUUUGAAGGUUUCAAGUUGCAUCUCUUUGUUGUUUUAUAUUCUCUAAAAUUCCAACCUGAACCAAAUGAUAUACUAGAAUUUAAGGAAACAACAAACCUUCUUUGUUAAGAUUGAAGUUCUUUGUAGUAGUUUUCUUAAUGAAGCAGCAGAACCAAUUGUCUGCAUUAUUUUGUUGAUCUACUUGUCUUUGGCUUCUUAUCACAUAAUGUUAUGUUUUAUA